AUGAACGGCGGCGGCGGAGGCGGUAGGGGAGGAGGAGGGGAGGAGCGGCCGAGGAAGAUACUCAAGAAGGGGAUGUGGAGUCGGCGGGAGGACGACAUUCUGACAGAGUACGUGAGGAGGUACGGGGAAGGGAACUGGAACGCAGUGCAGAGGCACACCCCGCUGCUGCGAUGUGGCAAGAGCUGCCGGCUGAGGUGGGUGAACCACCUGAGGCCGAACCUGAAGAAGGACGCCUUCUCGCCGGAGGAGGAGAGCCUCGUCGUCCGGCUCCACGCCGAGCACGGCAACAAGUGGGCCCACAUGGCCUCCCAGUUGCCGGGAAGAACGGACAACGAGAUAAAGAACUUCUGGAACACAAGAACGAAGAGGCUUCAGAGGGCGGAUUCACUUGUUUACCAUCGUGCCCCCCGCCGUGUCAAGAGCAAUGAAUCCAAUCCGGCCAAUCGCAGCCUCACUGAUGGCAGUGCCCGACCUCGAUCUCCUUUCUUUGGAGCUUCGUCAUCAUUGCACUCGAACUGGCCUGGACCCGGUCAAUGCCAAUGCCAUCAGCUUCCCGAGCAGUCGACCAUCAUUGGGCUCCGUCGUGAUCUAAGCAUGUUUUGCGCCCAAUCUCAGCUGCCAUUUGUGGCAGCAAGCGUGGAGCUCCCUUCAAUCCAAAUGACGCCGCCGGGGGCAGCGGUUUCAAGCUCCGAUGGCAGUUGCAGCUUGUUUGGGACCCCAUUCGAGGAGAGGACUGGCCUGUUGGAGGAUUUGUUGGCAGAAGCCGAAACUCUAGCUCUGAAGGAGAGAGAGAGUUUGGGUAGCGAUGGUGUGGAGGUGGCCGCUUCCUCCUCAUUCAGUACAGAACCAGCCGAGGAGCCAAUAGACAAACUUGAGUGCAUGGACAAUGAUCUGUCUAGUCUCCUCGCUAGCUUCACCUGGACAAUGCAAGCUGAAACCCUAGCUCUAAAGGAGGAGAAAGAGAAGAAGAGCGAGAGUUUAGGCAGCAAUGGUGCCGAGACAGCUGCUUCCUUCUCAUUCAGUGUAGAAUCGGCCGAGGAGCAGAUAGACAAGAUCGAGUGCAUGGACGAUGAAUUGUCUAGUGUCCUCGCUAGCUUCGCCUCAACAAUGCAAGCUGAACCCCUAGCUCUAAAGGAGGAGGAGGAGAGUGAGAGUUUGGGCGACGAUGGUGUCGAGGCAGCCCCUGCCUCCUCAUUCAGUACGGAACUAACCGAGGAGCCAAUAGACGAGAUUGACAUGGACAACGAAUUGUCUAGUCUCCUCGCUAGCCUCGCCUCAACAACAAAAGCUGAAACCCUAGCUCUAAAGGAGGAGAAGGAGGAGAAGAGUGAGAGUUUGCGUGGCAAUGUUGCCGAGGCAGCCACUUCCUCCUCAUUCAGUGUGGAGCCAACCAAGAAGCCAACAGACGAGAUCGAGUGCAUGGACGAUGAAUUGUCUAAUCUCCUUGCUAGCUUUGCUUCAACAAUGCCAUCUCCAGAUUGGUGA